CUACCCAUGAGAUGAAUACGAGGAAAAGUUUUGGAAGAAGCUGUCCCUAAAUUUGGUUUCAGUUUGUAACUAAGCUGUGAAUUCGUGACAUUAUGGAACUCUGAAAGAGCAGUUUUCAGUAAUGACUGGAAGCAGCAGAAGACCUGCACGGAGCAGGAUUAAACCUACGGCAGACAUUGGCAGUGACGACUAUCCCAGUGAUCGGAAAUCGAAUCAAAGAAGCCGAAAUGAUAGAAGUAGAGGUCACGAUGCAAUUCGUGUUAUGGAUAUUAAUCCCAAAACCCUACUAUUGUUUGGUUCAUUUGCGUUUCUAAUCGUAAUCUGCGUGAUCUAUUAUUCUUUGAAACCCGUCAAGGAAGUUCAGAAACUACGGGUUAUUACCCCAUUUCCAGCUCCCAAAGUCAUGGAUCUUCCACAGUUUCAAGGUGAGCACAAGGAGAGCUUGUACUGGGGAACUUACCGUCCACAAGUUUAUCUAGGCAUCCGCGCGAGGACUCCACAGUCGUUAAUUGCCGGUUUGAUGUGGAUUGGUGUGAAAGAUGGGAGCUAUUUCAUGCGGCAUGUCUGUCAAGACUCUGAUGAGCUUAGCACAUAUGGAUGGACUCAUCAUAAUGGACGAGAUUAUGGACAUCAGGUGUUGAUUGACCAAGGCAUGACCUUGAUGACAAGCUUCUUGAAAACCAAGGGGAGCAGAAGUGGCUAUGGAGGAGAUUGGGCAGUUCGUAUCAAUGUGCAAAAUGAGAAAUCUCAACUGGAAGAGGAAAUGUGGAGAACUGCUCAUCUUUUCUUCUAUUUGGCUGAUGAAGGAGGUAAGGCUCUAAGCAUGGAUAGGGAGAGAUUGGGUAUUCGUGAUGGAUCCCGUCUGACAUUUGGAUCACGUGAGGAUGUUGGAGGCUGGGAGCUUCAUUUAGUUUCUGCGGAUAACCUGGAAGUUCAUUAUUCUGGUUUUAGGACUCCGCACAUGCACAAUUUAACUGAACUUGUGCAGGGAUCUCUGGGAGCCCAUGCAAGAAGGGUGGGUCUUCUGCAGCUACCUGAUGUAUCUGAUGAUUCUCCAAACAUUUUAGUUUUUCAGAUUUCUGGGAAGAUUCCUUUUCAAACAGAUAUUGCUUUUGUAUCUGGAACUGAUAUGGAGAGUUCAAGAGUUGGAGAACGUGUUAAAAGUCUCACAGGAUCCCUGCUGACUAGUCAACUCAAUGUAAAACAAAAAGAUUUUGAAGAAAAAUACAGGAGGUGCUUUAAUCUAACUGAAAAGGUUGAUUCUGAAUCAAUGAUUGUUGGUAUGGCUGCUAUUGGGAAUCUUUUGGGUGGCAUGGGCUACUUUUAUGGUCAGUCAAAAAUUGCUCUUCCGAGAGAUCUUAGUCUUAAAAAUGGUGAUAAAUUUGUUCUAUAUUGGCCGGGGGAGCUUUACACUGCUGUUCCCAGCCGACCUUUCUUCCCAAGGGGAUUUUUGUGGGAUGAAGGUUUUCAUCAACUUCUAAUCUGGCGCUGGGAUAUUCGUAUUUGCUUGGACAUUAUUGGGCACUGGCUAGACCUAAUGAAUAUUGAUGGAUGGAUCCCCCGUGAACAAAUUUUGGGUGCUGAAGCUUUAAGUAAAGUUCCCAAAGAAUUCGUUCCUCAGCACCCAACAAAUGGAAAUCCACCAACUUUAUUUCUGGUUUUACGAGAUAUUGUUCGUGGCAUGAAAGGAAACAAGUUCACUACCACUGAAAGCAAUGAAAUCUCUUCUUUCUUAGAGAGGGCUUUUGUUCGCCUUGAAGCUUGGUUCCAAUGGUUCAAUACUACGCAAUCAGGAAAGGAUACUAGCAGCUUUUAUUGGCAUGGGAGAGAUAAACAAACAACUCGUGAACUAAAUGCAAAGUCUCUGUCAUCUGGUCUGGAUGAUUAUCCACGUGCAUCACACCCAAGUGAAGAUGAGCGCCACUUGGAUCUAAGAUGUUGGAUGUUUCUUGCGGCAGAUUGCAUGAGUUCCAUGGCAGAACUACUUGAAAAGAAAAAUGAUUUUGGAAAGGGCUACCAUUCAAUGGCUCAAUUGCUCUCAGACUUCGACAUUCUGAAUCAGAUGCACCUUGAUGAUGUUUUGGGGGCAUAUUUUGAUUUUGGAAAUCACACAGAGAAGGUUCGCUUGAGGUGGCAAGAAACAAAUCCAUCAGGUGGCAGUUAUGCAAGUCGAGAGCUUGUUCGUGAGGUUUUAGAAAAGCCACUGUUGAGACUUGUUCCUCAUAUCGGUUAUGUCAGCCUAUUCCCAUUUAUGAUGAGGAUUAUUCCACCAGAAUCAUGGAUCUUGGAAAAACAACUCGACCUCAUUUCCAAUCGGAGCACUUUAUGGACAGAUUAUGGACUCCGUUCACUAGCCAAAACAAGUUCAUUGUACAUGAAGCGCAACACGGAGCAUGAUCCUCCUUAUUGGAGAGGGCCCAUUUGGAUGAACAUGAAUUAUAUGAUUCUUUCAGCACUCCACCAUUACUCCUCAGAGGAUGGACCCUACAGAGUUAGAGCCAGGACAGUAUACAAGGAGUUGAGGGAAACUUUGAUCAGGAAUGUUGUAAAAAACUAUUUUCAGACUGGUUUCUUGUGGGAACAAUACGACCAGAAGAAGGGAAAGGGGAAAGGUGCACACCCAUUUACGGGCUGGACCUCACUUAUUGUUCUGGUCAUGGGGGAAGCAUUUAGUGAAGAUCUAAGCCAUUCUAUUCAAUGAGAUUUCCCUUGCGAUCAGAUGAAUUGCGCACUGUUGAUGUGGAGGGCCUGUACUUAUUUCCAGGAUGUGCUAAGUGUUACUGUACUAAAUAACACUACAUAGCUGGUGAGAAUUUAUUUGAUCUUCGAAUCUUUUUGGAUGAGACCAGAAACCAGUUCAUCAAGUCGCAACAACUAAUGAUAGUCCAAUUUUUGCCAGAGAACUUGGACGUCCGAAUGUCAUGUUUGAUGUAGUCUAUACUCAAAAU